AACCAGGUAUGUCGCUCCUACGCUAACGAUUUCCCUCACCAGUGCGUAACACUGCACAGUCUCUCUCUCUCUCAAUGAAAUUUGCUACACACACAGAUUCCAUUAAAAACCAUGACGGCGCUGACAGGUAAUCGGAAGGCAGACCGAGCUCUCACGCCACCCCGCUAUUGUCCGGCGACUGGCUCCGACGUCCGUCGCGCACAGUGAAUCGCCUUCCGAUCGCUACGAACGUCACGGAAGAUGUGCGGUAUUUCGCGUAUCGCUUAUGAGGAAUGUCAAGUUUUCACAGCCGUUGCGUCUGGUAACGCGUGCGCAGGUACAGCGUCGUGGACAUUGUCGCACAGCGGAGAAUUGUGAUUGUUCACCCACGGUGGGAUUGUUUUGGCCUAAUAUUAGCCUAACACAGCCGAAGCUGCCUUCAUAAUCCCUGUGCAUACUCGACUGAUAGCCGGACUUGGCGAGAUGGCGGACGAUUCGAGCGUACGCGUCGCCGUGCGAAUAAGGCCUCAAGUAGCCCGCGAAGUGAUCGAUAUGUGCAGGAUUUGUACUCAGGUACCUCAAGGGGAGCCGCAGGUCUUCCUCGGCCCCGACAAGGCCUUUACGUAUGAUUACGUUUUCGAUACGCAGUCGGAUCAGAGCACGAUUUACGAAACGUGCGUGAACCGUCUCGUGGAAGGCGCGCUGGACGGCUACAACGCGACGGUCUUCGCCUACGGGCAGACCGGCUCGGGCAAAACCUACACCAUGGGCACCGGUUUCGACGUCGAGGUCGACGAAUUCAUCGUCGGAAUAAUUCCCAGGGCCAUUCAACACCUGUUCAACGGAAUAACGGAUAAACAGGAGCGCGCGAGGGAACGCGCGCAAAUGCCUCCCGAGUUCAAGGUCACAGCGCAGUUCCUAGAAUUGUACAAUGAGGAUUUGAAAGAUUUGCUGGAGCCGGGAGGCCCGAGAGGCGGUGCGCGCAUCCACGAGGACACGGCGGGCAAUAUACAUUUAGCGGGGGUGGAGCCGCGCGUCGUAACCAGCCCCGAGCAGGCGUUGGAGUAUCUCCGACUGGGCGCGCUGUCGCGCACGACAGGAUCCACGCAAAUGAACACGCAGUCGUCCAGGUCGCACGCGAUAUUCACGCUGUACAUCAAACAGCAGAGGUGCAUCAAAGUCGAGGAUCCCGACGCGGACGUCGACACGAGCGGCGUCGAGCUGGCGAACGAGUUCGAAACUUUAACCGCGAAGUUUCACUUUGUCGACCUGGCCGGCUCCGAAAGACUGAAGAGAACGGGCGCCACCGGCGACAGAGCGAAGGAAGGCAUCUCUAUAAACUGUGGAUUGCUGGCUUUGGGCAAUGUCAUUUCCGCUCUCGGUGAUAAAACGAAGAAAGCCUCGCACAUACCGUACCGAGAUUCCAAGUUGACGAGAUUACUCCAAGAUUCUCUCGGAGGAAACAGUCAAACCGUUAUGAUAGCGUGUGUGUCGCCGAGCGAUAGGGAUUUUAUGGAGACCCUGAGCACGUUGAAAUACGCGAAUCGGGCGAGAAAUAUAAAGAACAAAGUUACAAUCAAUCAAGAUAAGAGCUCGAGAACGAUCGCUUCGCUACGACGAGAAAUUCAACAGCUUCAAUUGGAAUUGAUGGAAUAUAGACAAGGCAAGAGGGUCGUCGGCGAAGAUGGAGUUAACGAUGCCUGGCACGAGAAUCAAAUGUUGAGCAGCGAAUUACAAAGUCUUCGGACCAGAGUGAAAGCACUUUCGGAAACUGUUGAGGCGUUGACCGCUAAAAAUGCUCUUUUGCUGGCGGAAAAGGCAACGGGUCAGUGGAUGGCGGCAUCCGGCGGAGGCGAUGAUCAGGUGACUAGUUUGGUGCAAGGAUAUGUUCAAGAAAUAGAAGAAUUAAGAGCCCGUCUACUGGAAGCGGAAGCUAUGUAUCAACAAUUAAAAAAGAGGCAGAUGCAAGUUAACGCGGCAAAUCCUUACGGCGACAGUUCGUUUCAUUCCGAUUCCGCGUCCGUGUUGUUCGACGCUAAGAAGGACGUCGAGAAAGAAAUAGAGGCGUUAAAAGUCUUAAAGGGGCAGUACAGCGGCAGCACGAUCGCUAAACCGGACGAAGGAGAAAUGGACGAUACGGAGAAUGGCCAGGACUCUGUAAGCGAGGAUGAUUCGGACGACGACUCCGAUCGUAAAGAGGAAGACGAAGAGGAAGCGGCCAUGGGUCGCGAAUUGGAAGCGCUAACGUCCGACAUCGAUGUGAAGCAGCGCUUGAUACAAGAGCUCGAGCUUUCUCAAAGACGUCUGCAAACUAUGAAGCAGCAUUAUGAGGAUAAAUUGGCGCAGCUGCAAGCCCGCAUCAGAGACACGCAAGAGGAAAGAGAUAAAGUCUUGCUGUCGCUGCAACAGCAACCCGCGCCGCCCACUGAGAAAGUGAAAAAGUUACGCGACGAGUAUGAGAAGAAGCUGUCCAACAUGCAAAAGGAGAUGCGGCUUCUUCAGUCUGCUAAGAAGGAACACGCGAGAUUACUGAAGAAUCAAUCUCAGAAUGAAAACAGACUGCGAGGUCUUAGAAAUGAGCUGUCGGAGAUGAAGAGAGCCAAAGUGAAACUGUUGAACAAGAUGAGAGAAGAGGCUCAGCGGCACAAGGAAAACGAACUGAGGCGUAAUAGAGAAAUAGCGCAGUUGCGGAAGGAAAGCCGCAGGCACGCGAACGUCAUCAGAACGCUGGAAGCCGACAAGCGAAUGAAGGAGGUUGUGCUGCGACGUAAGCAAGAGGAGGUGACGGCGCUGCGGAAGAGAGACAGAGGAUUGAGUCAGAAGGCCGCGGGACGCACGCCGGUGAAACCGCUCAAUCCCAAAGCGAUGAAGCAGAGGUGGCAGACGUUCGAGAGAACGAUCACCAAGCAGGCGAUAGCGAAGCAAGCCGCCGCGGAAACGGAGAGAGAAAUGGAAAGACUGCUUCAGGAGAGGCAAGAGUUGGGAAGGGAUUUGGAGAAGCUUCAGAAGCAUAGAAGUCAGAUCACGAGCACGAGAGGUGACACUGUCGAUAUCGACGAAGAGAUCGACAAUGUGAAGAGCAAAAUCAGCUAUCUGCAGGACAGCAUCGCGGAGUGUCAACGAGACAUGGUCGAGAUGGGCGAUGGCGAAGCGGAGGGCGAGCCGGGCGUCGAAGCGCUCAUCUCUACGAUCCGAACGGUGGACGAGGCGCAGUAUCUACUCCAGCGGAUGCUCGCGUUCACCGUGGAGCAAAGCUGCAUAGCCGCGCAGAAGCAGCUCGAGGUGCGAGAUAUGGAAUCGCGGCUGAAUCAGGUGGCGCAAGAGAGCGACGUGCAACACCAGUUACUCGAGCACGUUCUACGCGACAGAGACCUUUUGACGCUCACGAAUAAUCAAAACAACGCGCUAGCUUACAGCCCGGCGAGCUCGAGAAGUUCUUCUCCCGACACUGAAAGUUACAGCCAAAUUAUACUCGGUGAAGAGAAGCCGCGCAAUAGUAAGGUCAGAAGAAGAACAACGCAGCCGCAAGAACUGCUCUACGGUAUUCACACGCCUGAAAACAUGAAGGCGGACGAUCAAAAUCAAAAUCACAAUCACCCUCUCACAAGAGUCCCCAGCGCGCCAGGCAGCCUCAAAGGAUUAGUGUUAACGAGAAAUCAGCAUGGUAAUACCGGCGGAUCGCCAACCCUGAGCCGUCGUGACAGCACAUCGCCCCGAGCUCUGCGACGGCCGAUUCACCCGGGUGGAGGUUCCAUGGAGCAGGUAGCGCACACGGAUAUAUCUUCGCCGCCCGGAUCGCCGACCACGUAUAGGCGAUUCAACAGCCGCGAAGAGAACGUGUUCUCCAGGCUGACCGCGAGCAGGCAGCCGAUCGCCUCCGAGCCGCAGCCGAUGAAGGGAAUCAUCUCGCAAUAUCAGGGCAAGGUGCAACCGCGGGCAAUUCUGCAAUGCUCUCACGUGGCGGAAGGACACAGCAAGGCCGUCCUCACUAUAUGCGUGACGCCCGACCUGCUCUUCAGCGGCUCGAAAGAUCGCACGGUGAAGGUGUGGGACUUGAGAACGGGAAUCGAAAGCUUCACUCUAAGCGGACACCCGAACAACGUCGUCGCCGUGAAGUACUCCGCUGUUCACCGGCUCCUGUUCAGCGUCUCCUCGGCGUACGUGAAGGUUUGGGACUUGAGAGCCAGCAACGGCUGCAUAAAGACGCUGUUCUCGUCCGGCCAGACGCAGUCCGGUCCCAUCGCGCUGUCGACUCCGUCCAGGAUACUCCAAGUCCCCGUGGGCGAGACGACGAUCAACGACCUGGCGCUCAGCCUCGACGAGCAGGAGCUGUACACCGCGUCCAGCGACAAGGUCCGCAUAUGGGAUCUUCGCAAGUUGGCGUACACCGCCAGAUUAAGCACGCCGCACACAGCGGCGGUUAUGUGCUUGGCCGUCGCCGAAGACGGCCGAGUGAUAGCCGGCAGCAAGGAUCAUCUGAUAUCGCUCGCCGAGCCCAAUGUGUCCGGGCCGUCCAUUAGCUUGGCGCCGCCGCACUACGACGGAGUCCAAUGCUUAACCACGAUCGGUUCCACGCUGUUUUCCGGCUCUAGAGACAUGUGCAUUAAACGAUGGGAUCUAAGCAAGAUGGAGCUGGUUCAGUCGCAGAACAACGCUCACAAAGAUUGGAUUUUGGGCUUGUGCACGAUCAAUAAUGGUUCCAUAAUGAUUUCGGGAUGCCGCGGCGGUGUGCUGAAGGCAUGGUCCGUCCCCAAGGAUCCGUUGGAUCCCCAGGAUCAGAGGGAAUGCACGCCCAUCGGGGAGGUUCGGGCGCACGCGUCCGCUAUCAAUGCGAUCGCGACGAAUCAGCAGCAUAUAUUCACGGCGAGCAACUCCGGAGAGGUGAAGCUGUGGCGUAUACCCGAUUCUUCAUUAUCUAUGUCUAUCUCCACAGUUUCCCUUUAACUUUAUUUGCUUUUUGCCUGUGCGUCACUGUGUUAUGCGUUCAUCUUGUAUUUUUUGUGGUAAUGCGCAUGCUUACCUAACAGUUUUAAAACGUCUAACGUGUUUUCACGCGUAAUGUGGCAGUAGGACUGCAUCAUUUGUCACGCCUGUAUAACAUUCCUCGAAUGUUACACCCGAUCGUUUUAAGCAGUAUUACAUUUGUACCAGUGUUCGACUCCUAACGAAGACGCUUCGUAGCAUUUGUUCUCAACUUUCCGCAGUGUGUAAUUUCAUUGCCACUGCAAAAUUUAGAGUCGAUAUGAAAAAAAUCGAGCGCACUAUCUCUUUGGGAGAAUCGAAUUUAGAUAUACAAGAGUCACAUUCCUCAACCUCACACGUACAUUUUUUUAAAUAAUAGACAACAUCGUACAAAGUCAUUCUAGUCGGCGUAAAGUGAAAGUGGCUCGGAAAUCAAUAUUGUCACGAUUGUAAUUGUCCAUCGGCCUUGUGUGAAUGAAAACGUUUAAUUUAUAUGUUAUUAUUUGCUUCUAUGUGUUUACUCCACUUUGGUGCUUUGCAUGGUCAUCGUGUCGAUACGAAGCGAUGGAACUGUGAGAUUGUGGAACUACUGUAAACGAGAUGGGAGGACCUUCCACAGGAGCAACUCGCUGAAAAGUUAAUGCAUCGCGUCG